AUGUUCUAUUCUAAAAUUAAUUGUGAAGUUAUAAAAACCAAAGAAGAUAAGAAUAUGGAGAAAGAAACCUUAAUUAGUCAAGGCCAAUAUGCAACACACUCUACACCAAUUCAAGUGGUGUCUAAUGGUGUCACUGACGUCAACGAUUCUGUCUUAUUAGAGUCCAACCAAGAGGCAUUUAAAAAUAUUAAUAACUUUGAAGCAAGUGAAAAUGAAGAUAAUAUUGGCGAUGACAAUAACAAGAAUGACGAUAACGACUACAACAAAUACUGUCAUAAUUCUGGGGGAUCUGCUGAGAUUAAUAAUAUUCUUGAGAGUUAUCAACAGUUAUCAAUAUUUGAAAAAGAAAAGGUAUCUAAUUCUUCAGUUUCCAAGACCAUGUCAGAGAGCACAAACUUCAAAGAAGAUUAUCAUGUCGGAAUAGAUUUAAUAAUCAAGCAAAAGGAAAGGAUAAUUAAGGAUAAGGGUAUCAACUUUACAGUCAUGGUGGCUGGACAGUAUGGACUAGGCAAGUCGACAUUUAUUAACACUUUGUUUGGUGAAAAUUUAUUAUCUGUAAGUGAUUAUAGAACACAUACUAUGGAAGUGGACAUAACUAUGCCGCCUACAAAACUUAUUACUAUUCAUAAAGCCAAUCUUGUGGGAAACAAUUGUAAAGUAAACUUAACGGUUAUUGACACACCUGGAUUUGGAAGUAAGAUGAAUAGUGCAUUUAGUUGGACUCCUCUGACUAAUCAUAUUGAUGAGAAAAUACGAACCAACAUUUUUCAAGAGGAACAACCAGAUAGAACAAUGAUGAAUGAUGGAAGAGUUCAUUGUUGUAUAUACUUUAUUGAGCCCAUAAAUAAAGGAUUAACAACUUUAGAUGUUGUAACAAUGAAAGAAUUAUCGAAGAGAGUUAAUUUAAUUCCUGUGAUAGCAAAGGCUGACACCCUUACCAAAAAAGAGUUAGUAGAUUUCAAACUAGAUAUUAGACAAAUUUUGGAGAUACAAAAUAUAGAAGUAUGUCAGUUUUUAGAUUCAAACGACUCUUACUAUGAUGACUUAAUUAAAAAUGCUCCAUACAGCAUUAUAUCAUCAGAUAAAAGAAUAAAAAAUGAGAGAGGCGAAAUAGUUUAUGGUAGGAACUAUGGAUGGGGUAAAGUUGAAGUAGAGAAUCCAGGGCAUUCAGAUUUUGCUUUGUUGAGAGACUUAUUGUUCAACAAAUACCUACCAGAUUUAAUUUUCAAUACUGAAGAUUACUACGAAACUUGCAGAGCUACUCUGUUAAAGACAAGGUUAUUAAAAUGUAAAGAAAUAGUGCAGACUCAAUCUUCCGAAUUAGUUGGCGGUGUCGAAAUAUCCCAAGAACUAAGAGAUAUAUUGAGUACAUUUGAUUACGAAGAUUUCGAUAAAAACGGAUUAAAGAAUUAUAUUUGCUACCAAAUAUUUGAUAAAAACUUUAUAGAUUCUAUUGUUUUAGAAUGGAGCCAGGAAUAUGUUCACAAACAAUGGGAAACCAAAAAGAAAUUUAAUGAUGUUGUAGCAUUAGAAGAGACCAAAUUCCAAGACUGGAGAAAAGCAAUAUUACAAAAACAAGAACAAUUUAAUAAUGAAAUAAAUAGUAUGCAUUCUAAAAUAGAACGAUUACAAAUAGACUGUAAAAAUUUAGAAACGAAAGGCAUAUCAGGAGAAGUAGAUAAUGAAUUGUACACCACAAAAUUAGUACAAUCGUAA